CUGCGGCGGCGGCGGCGGCGACAGCGGCCGUGUCCGGGCAGAGGGACCCCCCGAGCCCGGCCAGGCCCCUGUCCCUGUCCCCGCAGCGCUCGUCCCAGCGGAAUGGGGAAGCAGAACAGCAAACUCCGCCCGGAGAUGCUCCAGGACCUGCGGGAAAACACGGAGUUCUCCGAGCUGGAGCUGCAGGGCUGGUACAAAGGAUUCCUGAAGGACUGUCCCUCGGGCAUGCUCAACGUGGAGGAGUUCAAGAAGAUCUACGCCAACUUCUUCCCGUACGGAGACGCCUCCAAGUUCGCCGAGCACGUUUUCCGCACCUUCGACACCAACGGCGACGGCACCAUCGAUUUCAGGGAGUUCAUCAUCGCCCUGAGCGUCACCUCCCGCGGCAAGCUGGAGCAGAAGCUCAUGUGGGCCUUCAGCAUGUACGACCUGGAUGGCAACGGCUACAUCAGCCGGGAGGAGAUGCUGGAGAUCGUGAAGGCCAUCUACAAAAUGGUCUCCUCUGUGAUGAACAUGCCUGAAGACGAAUCCACCCCGGAGAAAAGGACGGACAAAAUCUUCCAACAGAUGGAUACUAAUAACGACGGGAAGCUCUCGCUGGAGGAAUUCAUCACAGGGGCCAAGAGCGACCCGUCCAUCGUGCGCCUGCUGCAGUGUGACCCCAGCGGGCCCAUGCAGUUCUGAGCCCCACGGACCCCCCACAGCUCCCCCCGCCACCCCCGACCCUGCAGAUGGCCACUGUCCCCUGCCCGGCCCCUGCGGUCCCCGCUGUGCCCCCACAGCCCCUGGAGGGAUGAGAGCUGGAGCCCGGCUGAUCUCAGGGGACAGUCCCCAUCCCCGCGGGGCUUUGACCGGUGGGAGGAUGGAGGCAGGGUCUGCCCUGAGCCAGGACAGUCCCCCCCAGCACCGGGAAUUGCAGCAGGGGACAGCCCAGCCCGGUGGGACAGGCUGGUGGCCAAGCCAGGGGACAAAGCCCCGGUGGCCGCGGGGUCCCCAGCACCCAGCCCCGCAUGGAGACACUGCCACGGGCAGGGCUGGGCUGGGCCAGCCGCGGGGGGGGCCCUGCUUCU